CCGGCAUGCCGAGCACCGCCACAAGUCCACCCGAUCCCUCCCCUUCUCUUGCGGCCGAGGCGGCGACCCCUCCGCCUGACACUGCCGAAACCAAGGCAACGCCUGCCGAUCGCAGUGCCCGGCUGGAAGAGCUCAAGAAACGCACCCGCGAGAUUGAGAAGGAGAAUGAUGCUUUAAUUGUGAAACUCGCUCGGGCCAAUAAGGACAUCUCACGUUUGAGGCUGGAACGGGGCCUUCUCUUUGACCGCCUCGAGGAGCUGGAAAAGAAGGGGGUUAUUCCGUUCAUCGUGGCUCCGGCCCAUGCGUCCACCGAUGUGGUGGAUGACCUGGCCUCCGGGCUAGUCGGUACCCCGUCGCGGCACGUGCGCUCCGAAAAGUCCAACCCCUCGAUAGACGCCGGCGCGACCGAGGCAGGAUCGGCCAGCUCCUCCAAAGGCUGAGCGAUGUGGACACUGUCGUGCGUGCGAGGCCAUUUCCCCGGCGGCGCAUUGUUUGCCCCGGGAGGAAAUGCCCCCUUCCUGUUUCCACGGCGGCCCCACCUCCCGUGCGCUUGCGCGCACACUCAAUACACACAAAGUCCCGUCACACGCGCGUGUCGACACCACUCUCC